AUGAGAGGCAAUGGUGCAGUGGUUUCCUUCGCAAAAUCCGACAGCGCGGCGCAGCGCCAGGAGAAGGUUCCAUGCAAUGAAGCCGUCUCUGGAUCUGGACCACGAAAAAGGACCCACCUCUUUGGUGGUGAUUGCAAGUGUCCACCCGAACAUGUGGUGGCAGGCAAAUCAUGGGACUGCGGUGAUGCUUUGGGGAAUCGAAAGUUCAGCAGCAAGAUUGGACGUUCGAGCUGCUUCUGUGCACCAGUCAGCGACUGCGAUGGCAUGGUACAAGGAGCGACACGAAGAAAUUCAUACAAGAAGAACCCAGCCAGGCCUUGCAAGUGUGAGAACAAGGACUUUGUCUUGGAGGGAAAGGCACCUGAAUGCGCAGUCUUCCUGGGCGAGAGAUACUUUCCCAACACCUUGCCACCACAGGAAUGCUACUGCCAUGAAGCAAACCUGAAGCAAUAUGCGUGUUCUGAAAUUGCUACUGGGGCGGUUGACACAGACAAAGAGAAUGGCAAAUGCAUUUGCCCGGAGGGUACCUUCAUUGGUGGUGAAGAUCAACAGUGCAAAGAUUUCUAUGGUGCCCACCUCUUUCCCAAGAGGCUGAAGCCUGGGCUGUGCACCUGUACUGCCAAUGCGCUGCGUCCAGGGGAAGGGGUAGAGCGGAAUCUUCCGGAAGCCUUGGCAUCUUGGCCAUGCACCAAGGAGUUGGCUUCGCCACACCAGUCCUCGGUGUACUGUUGUUGUGGAUCAUGUGAUGGAGAGCGAAAAUCCCGACCGCAAUACCUCGGGAUGGUUUCGCCGACCAAAUGGACCAAGGAGAGUGAGGAGAUUGCCGCAACAGCUGCCACAGUGGUAGUUGGCACGUACGACGGUGGACUCUUGGGUUUUGGCCUCGAAGAUGGCGCUGGGGAGCCAAGGGAGCCAAGGGAGAAAGCAUUGGGUUGUGACUUUGUGACGAUGGCACGACUGGAUUCGGCGCAACGCUUUGGCUAUGCACCACACGUGGGCUGUGUCAAGGCCUUGCACUGCACCGAGACCGGAAAGCUGGCGACCGGUGCCACCGACAAUGCUGUUCGACUCUUUGACCUUGCAAAGGGAGUGGAGAUGGGCGAACUCCAGGAGCACGAGGAUUCCGUGUCGGCGGUGCAGUUCUGGGGGUCAAACCUCAUCACUGGCAGCAGCGGUGGCCAGGUGUGCAUCUGGCGCUGCGGUGACUACGAGCUACUGCUGAAGUUUCGAGGUCACAAGGCAGCAGUCACCUGCCUGGCUAUCCAUCCUUCUGGUCGGGUGAUGGCAAGUGCGGGCCGUGACCAGCGAAUACAACUUUGGGAUCUCAUGCGGGGCACCAGUGCAGCACAUCUCUCCGUGCCGGAGGCGGUGGAGGUCUUGGACUGGUCGCCUGAUGGCAAGAGCAUCGCAUGCUUAAGCCCACGAGAAUUGGUGGUUGUUGAGGUGAUUUCCAAUUCGGUAGCUUCCUACAAGGAUCCCAACUCGGCGGGCUUCAUGAGGGUAAGCCUAACGGCUGUGGCGUGGUUGUCGUCACAACUGAUAGCUCUCGGUGAUGGGCGUGGACUUGUCCAGAUCUUCAGAAAAGAUGCUGAAACGCUGACCCAGGUGUGCAGAGUCCCUCGGGACGAUGUUCCAGGCCGCAUCAAAUCGCUGCUGAAGGUGGAUUCCACUCUGCUGGUGGGUUUGAGCACUGGCCAAGUGGAGGUGUGGAGUUUUGACACCAAGGGAACCCUUCAAGAGAGCCAUUUCAAGAAGCUUCGCGUGGUUGACACCAAGAGCCGCCUCACCUGUUUGGCUGUUUGGGCCCCUGGCUCCUCUGAGGUGGCAGAAGCUCUGGCUGGUGCAGGGAAGGCGAAAAGAGCAGGAAAGCCGCAGACCCCCAAGACCGGGGAGUUGCCGGUAAAACAGAAGGCCACGAAGGCCGAAAAGCGAGGCAAGUUGGCUGGAAAGCUGAAGAAGAAGCGGUAG